AUGGCACCUAUUAUUAUUGAAGCGUGGCAGAGGCAGGCUUUGAGAUCUGCUCGAGAACUGCAAAGUGAGUACCACCAUCACUCCAAACGCCACAUGCUUCCACGGGACGUCCAGGAGGAAAGACACGUCGCGAGGAGACAGCGUCGAACAACCACGCCAAGGAUGAAAGAAUUGAGAAAAAAGCCUUCAGGAAAUCUAAAACCCCUUGAAGAGGACGAUAUAGAAAACGACGAAAUUGUAUCUGUAGCUAUAGUACAACCGGCAAUGAGACCAAAAUACGACAAAUUCAAACACAUUCAAAAACCUAAUCGUACAACAGUGAACGACUCAACUCGCAUAUCAACAAAUAUCGUCAAAGAUGUACUUAUUCAAUUGGGAAGAGAAUUCUUGACACAUCAAGUUAAUGAAGACUUUGUUUUUGGACAGUACAUUGGAAAUUCUAUGAGGAAUUUGACUAAUGACUUACGCCUCAUGAUGCAGCAUGAUAUAUUGGAUAUAAUAGUUAAAUAUCAAAAGUUAAAUCGUGGCGAAGUUACUCGUAAUAUAAACUAUAGUAGUACACCAUUGGAAAUCGAAGUAACAUCACAGCCUAUAGUCAAAGCCAUCAAAGUGGAAAAGAAGAACGAAACAGAAGAAGUAUGGCCAGAGUUUACUAAUUUAGCAAACAUAGUAGGUUAAUAUAUAGUAGAUUUUGUUUCUUAUCUAAGAUAUACA